AUGUAUGUGUCCAUCUUCUUCCUCACCUUCGUCAGUGUUGACUGCUACAUGCAGAUCAGAUUGACCAGCCAGUGCUCCAGACUGUUCCGUAUACAGGAGGUGGGCUUCGCCAGGCUGAUGUCAGUGAUGGUGUGGCUACUUGUGCUCCUCAUCAUGGUGCCCAACAUGGCCCUGCCCAUCCAGGACGUCCCAGAGAGGAAGUUCCUGAGCUGCUCCAAGCUGAAGCAGGUGGGACUCCACUGGCACGGCCUCGCCGUCUUCUGGAUGGUCUUCUGUACCAUCCUGUUCCUCAACGCGUCCAUGGCUGUCCUCGAUUCCAACGGUCUGGUGCUAAAGAGGUUGCUGGCGAGCAGGAAUGACCCUGAACAGUGGCGCCAUGCUCGCCGUGCCACCGUCAAUGUUAUGGCGGUGACAGCAGCGUACGUGGUGUGCUUCGUGCCAUACCACGUGGUACGGACGCCCUAUAUGCUAGCCCAGACCGAGGUCAUCACUCCAGACUGUCAGACCAAAAGGCACCUCUUCCUGGCCAAGGAGUCCACAUUACUGCUGGUGGUGCUGCAUCUCUGCCUGGACCCCGUGCUCUACUACUACUUCUCCAUGUCCUGUAAGACAUUGUGUGCUAGCUUAGCCAACUAGUCCGGUACACAGCAGGCAGGAGGCAAGGGCGACACUGUGUGCUAGCUAGUUAGCUAGCUAACUGCUAGCUAGUUAGUUAGCUAACACACAAUGCUGCUCCAGUCUCUCGCCUGCUGUGCUAGCGGGAGGCGCGGGCUACUGGCAGACAGUCAUUCAUGCCUGUUGGGCAUGGUUCUCUGGGUGACACCGUGUGCUAGCUAACUAACAAGCUAGCACAAAGUGUCGCUAAGAAGAUAGCUAGCACAUGGUAGACAGUGUCCUUCGCAAACUGUUUUCCUGCAGUUCUGUCAGACGGUGGGGGCAGGUGUUCGUCAGGCGAAUGACACUGUCUACUGGUUAAUACAUUUAUUUCCCUUUUGACCGUGUAACAAGCAUG